GCCAACGUACCACGAAUAGCGCGUAUAGUUACCAUCGCUAUGGAUGAUUUAACCAAGGAUCAGCAGGCCCUGUUGAAGAAAGCCUUUGAUGCUUUCGAUCACGAAAAGAAAGGCAGUAUCGGUACUAACAUGGUAGGCACGAUAUUGACCAUGUUGGGUUACGAGCUUAGCGAAAAGACACUGCAGGAAAUCAUUAAGGAAGUUGACGAAGACGGUUCCGGAGAACUCGAGUUCGAAGAAUUCUGCACGCUGGCUGCUAGAUUCUUAGUAGAAGAGGAUUCGGAAGCGAUGCAGCAAGAAUUACGUGAGGCAUUCCGGUUGUAUGACAAAGAGGGCAACGGCUACAUAACUACCGCUGUUUUUCGCGAUAUCCUUCACGAACUCGACGACAAGCUAUCACCGGAAGAACUCGAUCUAAUGAUCGAAGAGAUCGACGCUGACGGCUCAGGAACGCUCGAUUUUGACGAGUUCAUGGAAGUCAUGACGGGAGGCGACGACUAAGGCAAGUUGGUAAUGAAGAUGGGCAUUCGGAGGCUGGUUGUUAACGCAAUUGGCAACGCCCGUCAGAGAGAGCGUUCUUUCUUCAUCAUUCAGGCACGCACUUCUGCAAACCACUAAACUACGGCCAAGCGGGAAAUUGGACGUUUAUGAUCAUUCGUGGCAUCGCUGGCU